UUCUCAUUCAUAUUCGAUUAUCAAAAUUUGAAAUUGUGAUAUCCUAUCAUUAUCAUCAUUUAUAAUGUAUUGGAAUGAUACAACAUCAAGAAUUGAUUCCAUUCUACAGGAAAAGAAUGUAAAAUUGGAACAUAUUCUUGAUGAAGAUGAUGUCUUACAAGAAUGUAUGGGCAAUAAUGUAUCAUUGAUUCAAUUUCUAACGAAAGAAGAGACAAUGAUUCAAAUGUUGUCCAUGAUGACCAUUGAUCCUGAAUCUACUGAUAAUGAAAUGGAAAAUUAUAAAUAUGCUAAUACAAUCUGUGAGAUAUUGACACAUGAUGGCAAUGUAUUCUCUAAUCUUAUCGCUACAAAUCGAAAAUAUCUUUUGAUUUUAUGGUCAUUUCUUGAUGAAUCAUGUCGAAAUGAAAUUUCCGUUGAAAGUGAACAACAACAACAGCAGUCUGAUGAUAAAUCAGCUGAUACAAAUAUUGAAAAUUUGACUAUGGUAAAUGAAACACAAUCUAUUGAAACAAAUGAAAAUGAAGAUCAUAAAACUGAAAAGGAAAUCGUUGAUGAAACGGAAACAAAUAUCAUUGAAAAUAAUAUGGUUGAAGAAAAUGAUAAAGAAUUAGAAUCGAAAGAAAAAGAAGAUGAGAAACAAAAGCCAUCGAAACAAACAAAGCCAGUUGAUGGACGAUCAUUGAAUCCAUUAUUAGCUAGUUUUUUCACCAAAGUAUUCUCAUACAUGUUCAUGCAUGAUAUGGAACUUGUGUUAGAAUUUCUUCUUACUCGUAAUCCUCCAAACGAUCUCGUAACGGUGAUAUUGAAACAUAUCCAAGCAUCGGCAAUCAUGGAUUUUAUUUAUAAAACAUGGAAAUAUGUUAAUGUUGAUCAAAUUGGUCAACAACAAGAUGAAAAUAAAGUGUCGAUAGAGGCUACUACAACGAUGAUGAUGACUAACACCGAUACCAGUGACAAUGAUCAACAACAACAACAACAACAGCAGCAGCAACAACAAGAAUCCUUGAUUAAUUUGAAAUACAAUAAUUUAUUGAUUGAAAAUGGAUUUGUCGAUAAAUUGAUCGAUAUGUUUAAAAAUCCAGAAUUAGAAUCUGAACAACAAAAUGUUGCACAGCUUUUUUCCGAUAUGAUACGUUUAAAACGUGAAGUGCUUAUCAGUGCUAAACCCGUGCAACAAGAAGCGAUGGCAAAAUUUGAUCUAGAAUCGGAGGAUCUUGUACGACGAUUAUUAAACAAUAUGUUUGAAUGUCGAACAAAAAAUUCGAUCGUAAAUGGAUUGAAAAUCAUACAGGUGUUACUUCAUUAUAAUCGUGAAUAUUUGAAUAUGGUUAUACAACAAGAAGCUCAACUAUCAUCAAUGAUAACAGCAUCGAAAAAAUCUACCGAUCUUAUGAAUGAUGAUGAUGGGGGUGGUGGUGGUGGUGAUGAUGAACUAGAACAGAUGCCAAAGUUUUUAAAACAACAAAGUUCACUUAAUCUCAACAGAAUGACAGAAAGAGUGCUGGAAAAAAUUAUGGAUAAUGUGCCGGAAGGAAUUCAAAGUGAACAUCUUACACAAUGUGUUCGCAAUUGUUCAAAAGCAUUGAUUGAACGUUUAGAGGAUUUUGCGGCCAUUCUCAUCAAUUCACCUCAUUGUGAACCAAUGAAAACAACAGCCGGCAUUAUUGAAAAACCGCUUGGAUUCAUACGUCUUGAAGUGGUACAUUUAUUUGUUGCCUUAUUUGCAACAUCAGAUUAUCAAAUUAUGCAAAAAUGUUCACAAUUAAAUGUUUUGAAAAUUUUAACCGAUCAUUUUUUUGCCUAUCCAUUAAAUAAUCAACUACAUAAAUAUUAUUGGCAAAUCAUUUGUUAUAUAUUUCAAAAUUAUCAUAAUUAUAAAAUUAUCUAUGAUAAACAUCAUCAAUCAUCAUUGCCAUCAUCAAAUAAUAAUAAUAAUAUCGAUCAAACAAAUGAUGAAAAUUCAAAGAGUGAUCAACAACCCAUUAGCAAUAAUAAUAAUGAUGAUGAUGAUAAUGAAAAAAUAUCCUAUUUUCUAAAUCGAUUUGAAAUAUCAAAAAAAUUGGUUGAACAAAUUCUUAAAGAUUGUCAUUUGAUUGAAAAAAUUUUGGAUAGUUUUGCCCAUGAAUCGAUUCCUAUCAAAUCAUAUGAAAUGCAGAAUGGUGAUGAUGCUGAUGGUAAAAAUCAAUGUCAUGAUAAAGUGGAUGAAAAAUCCGAAUUAAAUGAUGACAACCCUUCAGCUAUAGAUGAUGAGAAAAAAGAAAAUAUCGAAGAUGUCGUUAUGGAAGAACAGCAACAAUCCGAAGAGAAAAAGUCGAAUACUGAUGAAGAAACGAUAGUUUCAAAAAAGCCGAAACUCAUAUCAAGGCCUGGUUAUCUUGGCCAUUUACGUUUGAUAGCUAACACAUUGAAAGAGCGUUGUAACGACGAUUUAUUACGUGUAUGUUCAUUUGAAGAAAUGCUACCACAAUGGAAAGAAUUUAUUGAAGGUAAAUUAGAAAAAUUGAAUAAAUUGGUAACUACCGAACUGGUACCCGAAUCUAAACGUAAUCCAAUGAUUGAACAAAUUCUUAGCGAGGAAUCUGAAUUUCUUGGCUAUCAAAAAGAGGAAUUUACAAUGUCAAAUAUGAUAAGAGAACCAAAACCAUUGCCCGAAUUCAGUAAACAAAAUGUGGAUAUCAAUGAAACUUUAAAGCUCAAUGAUAAUAUGAUGAUUAAUGAUAUUGAAAAAUUCUGGGAAAGUCCUAGUGAAGAUUUUGAAAGUCUUGAAAAAUAUUUUGAAUGUUCCACUAGAAGCCAGGAAGUGAAUAAAAAACUUGCCAAUCCCGAAGAUAUCGAUGAGCCAUGUGCUAAUGAUGAUUCAUUUAGUCCAUCGACAGCCGAUGAUCAAUGGCCAAAACGAUCGGAAUUUCUGGCUCAAGAAUGUUUUGCUUCAUUUGAUUCGAACGAAACAACUCAGAAAGUGUCCGAUGGAAUUGGUCUCCAAAACCUGGAAGAUUAUUUCACCGACAUUGAUGUAUUCAACAAUUCGGCUACGAUGAAUAUGAACAAUACUAUUGAACAACAGAAUCCAUGGGGACCAACUAUUGAUGGUUCAUCAUCGAAUUCGAAAAUUGUCAACGAUGAAGGUUGGGCCAAUUUUCUUAACGAUCCAUUUGCAUCAUCACCAAUGGUUUCGAUUAUGAAUCAGCAGCAACAAUUUUCAAAAGAAACUGAGUCUACCGAACAUGUCAAUGAUGAUUUGGCAAAUAAAUCCAAUAAUAUUGAUGAAGAGGAUUCAUUUGUUGCAAAUAUAAUAUACGCUUCAUCGCCUACUCGAAACAAUGAAAAUGAUGAUGAAAAAGGCAAUCUGGAAAUGGUUGCCAACAAUUCUCAAACGAAUGCUGAGGAAACAAACAAUGAUUUAUCCGAAACACCCUAAUCUAUAGCCAUUGAAAGAUGAUUUUUUCGCUUUUCAUUUUUAAAAAAAACGAUAUCGUUCUUGUCUGAGCAACUACUAUUUAAUAUUAGAAACAAUUUGUACACACACACACACAGUGCCCUAUGUAUAGAAUCUCCGUAUAUAUUGGGAAAAUCUUUGUCAUUUACCAUUGUGAUCAUCGUUCUUAUUAAUUGAUACAAAUUAAAACAAAAAUAAACAAAA